UCCAUUCAUUUUAUACUAUCUAAACAUUUUCAAGAGCCUCAGUAUCAAAAACGGUAGUAAAAUAAAAUCAUGUCCGCAAAAGAACGACAUGACAUGCGGACGAUGCGGUGCCUGCGGUGCAUGCAGGAGGUUCAGUGCUCGCGAUAUGACACAAACGCCCUGCUAACUCACAUCCAGGAGAAGCACCCCGAGAUCUUCGAGCGCGACGACGACAAGAUUAAGAACCUGUACAAGCUGGCCGCCGAGCAUGGGGUGAGCGAGGAGCGAGUGUCCCAGAUCGGCAAGAUGACGGGCCUGACCGAGGCGCAGAUGGCCGAUGAGGCGGAGCGUUACAUUGCGAAGCAUCCGAGCAGUGGACGUAGCGGAGCAUCUGGGAAGGAAGCGGAAGGAUCUGAGAAUCAGUCAGGCUCCACCAAGCAGCGCGGCAACCCGGCGACCAAUGACAAGACCAUGAAGAACCGACAACAGUGCUAUCGGGCCUCAAUCGAGCACUGGUCACCCUUGGACGGAGUCAUCUACUGCCCCAGCUGCAGCUGCAAUCGCCGGCCGUUGAUUAAGUCCAGGACGGAGGUCAUUACUAACCAUGGCUGUGCCGCCUCGUGCGUGAUCAGCUGCUGGCCGCUCUGCUUCCUGCCCUGCCUCUUGCCGCCGGAGAAUCGCGAGUACCUUUACUGCUCCAACUGCAAGACCUUCCUGGGCAUCUACGAUCGGGAGAAGAACUGCGUCAAGCCGAGCAGGGAGUUUGUGCCCAACGCCCGUGAUGGCGCAAAGACGUCGUAAAGACUAUCAGCAUAUGGGGGUGUUUUAUAUAUGUUUCAAAUUGUUCGUACUAUUAUAUAUUUGGCAAGCUUUCUUGUAAGCUUUUA